AUGCCGGAGAGAGUGCAGCUGCACGUUUCCAUGCUGGCCCUGCAGUUCGGCUACGCCGGCUUCCACAUCGUCUCGCGGGCGGCCCUCAACAUGGGGAUAAGCAAGCUGGUUUUCCCCGUCUACCGCAACAUCAUCGCUCUCAUCCUCCUCGUCCCCUUUGCCUACUUCCUCGAGAAGUAAGGAAGGCCGCCUCUCUCUCUCUCUCUCUCUCUCUCUCUCUCUCUCUCUCUCUCUCUCUCUUCCACUGAUUGGGAUCGCCGUCGUUUAUGUAUUCUUAUGGCCAAGUUUUCACAUUCGCAUGCAGGAAGGACCGGCCGGCGAUUACGCUCUCCUUUCUGGUCCAGUUUUUCUUCUUGGCCCUCUGUGGGUCAGUGUUGACGAGCUACAUGAAUCACUACAGCUAUUCUCGUUGAUUUAUACUGACGAGUUGGUUCUACUCAUCUCUUGCGGCAGGAUAACUGCUAACCAGGGCUUCUACCUCCUUGGAUUGGAUAACACCUCCCCCACCUUCGCCUCUGCCAUACAGAACUCCGUCCCCGCCAUAACCUUCCUCAUGGCCGCCAUUCUCAGGCACUGCUGCGAUCAUCUUCCUCCUCAGGCUUUUACUUUUUACAUCUGAUUCCUUCAUUAUAACUGUAAAAACCCCUCCCUCUCGUUGUCUACGGAUGAUCUUUUUCAUAAGAAUUUUUGGCGGGUUUGGAAGCAGGAUAGAGAAGGUGAGGCUCAACAGAAGGGACGGCAUCGCCAAGGUCCUGGGUACCCUGGCCUGCGUGGGCGGCGCAUCGGUGAUCACCUUGUUCAAGGGGCCGACCAUCUUCGGCCCGUCUCGCCUGACGCUACCAGCGGCGCCGGUGGCGGGAGCACACACCUCGCCUCUAUGGCUGGGCGACGCCAGCGGGAAGAACUGGACGUUGGGCUGCCUCUUCCUCAUCGGGCACUGCCUAUCGUGGUCGGGGUGGCUCGUUCUGCAGGCCCCAGUCUUGAAAAAGUACCCCGCCCGGCUCUCCGUCACCUCCUACACUUGCUUCUUCGGGGUCAUCCAGUUCCUCAUCAUCGCCGCCUUCGUCGAGAGGGACCUCGCCUCCUGGACCUUCCACUCCGGCGGCGAGGUCUUCACCAUCCUCUACGCGGUAAUCGACCUCUUCUCCUGAGAUUGACGAUUCCUACAGCCGUGGUGGGUGAGCACGAUGAAGGAAACAGCUGAGGAUGGGGGAGGCCCUUUCGGCCUCCUCCUCCUCUCUCCUUUCGAGCUUCCUUUUUCGCUUCUCUCUGCCUCUCCUACGCAGGGAACCCACAGAGUUGUUGCAGAAAUAGCAUAAGCUAUUGAAUUCAUAAACACUCCGUCUCUUUUACGUGAUUAUUUUCCAAGAUUUAAUCAUUUGGACGCGCAGGGAUUCGUUGCCUCCGGGAUCGCCUUCGCAGUGCAGAUAUGGUGCAUCGACAGGGGCGGCCCCGUAUUCGUCGCGGUGUACCAGCCAGUCCAGACCCUCGUCGUCGCCAUCAUGGCCUCCAUCGCCCUGGGCGAGGAGUUCUAUCUCGGAGGGUAGGUUCCUUCUCCCCUGCGGACGGAGUCAUCCUCUCCUUCUCACGCUAAAACCUUACAGCCUCGUUGAAUCCUCCCAUGGGUUCCAGGAUCAUCGGAGCAGUUCUGAUAGUGGCCGGGCUCUACAUGGUUCUCUGGGGCAAGAGCCAAGAGAGGGCGUUCGAUGCCAAGGAGAAGACAAAGACGAUCGCCCACAGCUCCGAUCACGACGGCCACACAGCCGCGACGCCGACGUCUUCCAAUGGUUCCUCCCUGACCCAGCCGCUGCUGCCGUCCCCUCCGCUGGAGAACGUUUAA